UUUUCCCCUAUUGAAUUGUAUUUAUCGCAUCUAUUAAUUUUUAAUCAUUUGAUUAUCAUUUUUAAUAGUGCAUUACAUUAGUACAUCAAUCAAUUUGUAGAAAAUCUAAUUUGACAUGGCCGCCAUUAUAAAAACAGAUACGCCUAUCGAACAGGUUGUCGAAACUAAAACCGAUGAUCAAUCAGCAACCAAUGAAUCAACAGCUACCGAAGUCGAAAAUAACAAGAUCGACGGUGAAAAAAAGGAUGAAACGAAAAAUGCCGGCACAAAAUCCAAUGCUAAUGGUGGUGCUGAAUUACAAGUACCGAAAUUGUUUGUUGGUCGUUUGCCUUCGGGAACUAAAGAGAAUCAACUGAAAGAAUUAUUUUCCACCUAUGGUCAAGUGACACAUUGUGAUAUUGUGGGAAAAUAUGGCUUUGUGCACAUGAAAGACAAAGAAGAAGCUCGUGUGGCUAUGGAAAAAUUGAACAAUCAUAAUUUCAAUGGGUCAGCCAUCACUGUUCAGCUUUCUACAUCUACGGCUAAGAAAAGUAAAAGGAAACAAAAUCGAAAGAAAAAUUUUGGUAGUAAUCGCAAUAAUCAAAACGGAAAUAUUAAACAGAAAAACAACAAUAUGAAUAACAAGAAUCAAAUUAAUCGAAGAAUCCAAAAUAAUAAUCGAUAUUCGAAUGGAAGUAAUCAAAUGCACAACAAUAAUCGUAUGCGUAAUAACCGUAACGGUGGCCGCUUUAAUCGUCCAAUGCGUGAUCAUUCGAUGAUGCCUCCCGCAUCAAUGUCGCCAAUGCAUCAGUAUGGGCCACCACCACCUCAUACACCAAUAAAUCAAUACCAUUCAUAUCCACCCCCACCACCUCAUCAUCAAUCACCGAUGAAUUAUUCAUCAUAUUAUACUCAGGCUCCGCCUACCCCACAAGCCCCUAUGGGCAGCGGUGCUUUAGGCAAUGGUGGACACUUACCACCAUCACAGAUGCCCCCUUCUCGUGAUAUGUAUUAUGAUAAUAGACAAGCUAUGGGUGGUACUGGUAUUUACAACACAGGUCCAAUUGGAUCAAGUGCACAGCCAAUGUAUCAAUCACCAGUUCAGAAUUAUAGCCAAUAUAAUCAGACUCGUAAUCAGAUGAAAAGUGGAAUACAACGAGGUGGUGCUACCGGUGGCACUCCAAUGCCACCACAACAGCCACAAAUGUAUGGUAGUCCUCAAAUGGCUCCUCAGGUUGGUGGCUAUGGAUCUUAUGGUGGUGGUGCCGGUGCUGGCGCUAUGAAUAACCAGAACAAAUAUGUCGGUUAUUAUUAAUUGCUCUUUAACAGUGUGUACUUAUGUGUGCUGUCAAAUCUUCUAAUAACCGUUAAAUUUUUUAACAUAACGAACUACUAAUCACAUUUUAAUAUUAUUAAUUCUUCAUUGCAUCGUGCAUUCAAUAUUUACCAUCCGAUUUCGGACGAUUAUGAGCGAAGACUUUAGACAACACAUUUAAAUGCACUAAUCAUUUUGGAUUUAAACAAACAAAAACAUUUUUUGCUGAAGAAAGAAAAUC